CGACAGUCUUUGCAACGCGUUUAGAACGAUCGGAUCGGCCGAAUGCGUACGGUAAAAGUGGAUGCAAGUGAAAUUGAUUUGAAGUGAAAGCAGUGAAAGUGCUUGUGAAGAGAGUGAAAGCUAUAAAGAAAAGCUUAUAAAAUAAGAAUGCCAAAAAAUUAUAAAGUGCUCAAGAAACCGUGAAAUUUUGUGAAAAAUAAUGUAAAUAUAAACGAAAAACAAAAACAAACAAAGAAAUUAAAAACUUACAGUUCAACACCUGUGUUCUCAAAUAAAUAAAACUAAAUGCUUUAAAAUGAAACGCGUGAAACUAAAAGCUUACAAAAGUGUCAAACCACUUUUCAGUAUUCUAUUGCUAUUAAGCUGUUUAAGGCUAUGCCUUGGCGCACAGGAGAAACUAUUACGCAUUAACACCGACUUAACGGCACUUCCGACUGCCACUGUGCCUAGUGUUGGCACUUUCAACUCGCCUAUUGAUGCGAGUAAACAGGGUGAGCAGAGCGCACUGCCUCUGGAUGCUGACUCGCACAUUUGUGUACGUGAGGAGACCUAUGUGGAGCAACUGAAGGUGCCCACUAUGCAGCCAGUGCGCAUACGCAGCUCCCAGUGGUGCAUGGAGAUUCCACCACGUUGCUCCAACUACAAAACGGAAAUGCGUGAAGUUGUGCAGAUCAAGAAUGUCACAAAGACGCGCACGAUACGCUUCUGCUGCGCGGGUUAUGAAGGCAACAUCUCGAUCAACGACACAGUUUGCAAGCCGGUCUGUCGCGGCGGUUGUGGGCGCGGCUAUUGCCAGACGCCGGAUGUGUGCAGCUGUGAGCCGGGCUACACUGGCACGCAUUGCACGCAAAGGUGUGACCACGAUCACUGGGGCGAUGAGUGCAAACAAAAGUGCAAAUGCCAAAAUGGCGCUGUGUGCGAUAAUAAAUCUGGUAUCUGUCACUGUACCACUGGCUGGACGGGCGAAUUUUGCGAGCUGCCUUGCCCGACCGGCACGUAUGGCGUCAUGUGUCACAAGGAGUGCGACUGCGCCGACAAGCGCUGCCAUCCGCAAACGGGCGCCUGUGGCGAUGCGCUGACCCCAGUGAUGCCCAAUGUCACGCAUGUCAUGAUACAAACACUCAACUCCACCAUCGCCAAUAUAACGCACAAGCUCGAUCGCAUAGCGAAUAAAAUAGUGACCAUAGCCACCAGCACUAUUGUGCCGCCACAACUCACCGUCGCGCCCGAGGUAAUCGUCAUCAAGCAAGAGGAUCAGCAUACGCCCAAAAUAAUUGUACAUCAACCCGGCUUGAGCGGUGGCUUGCUGAGCGACUUACACACCGCCGGCGGCAAGACACCAGAGGUGAUACACGUAAUCACAGCAGCAGGUGCCGACUGGCCGACGCACGCGAACGGUUCCUUGAUGGGCGCAGCGCAAGACGCCAAACUGAGUUUGGCUGGCAUCGGUGGUGUGGUUGAGUCGCCGGCGCACACUUUAGCGCCCACACCCACUGCUGCCGAACAUGAUGCUAAUCUGCUAAGUACGCUGCUUGUGCUGCUGCUCAUUAUUGUUGUUGCGAUCGGUAUUAGUUGGCUCUAUAUAUAUCGGCGCUAUCACUGGCAAAAGCAGCGUGUCGAGGCGGCGUUAGCGGCGCGCAAUGCCAGUUUUGGUGGACCGUCCGCAGAGCUGGGCGGUGGCAGUGGCAGCGCGGUGGACGCCACAGCUAUGUCUGGCGUGGGCGGCAAGAGUUUCCUAAAACCGUUGCCUGAUUUGCCGGCCUUCACACAAAUGGUGCGCAACAAAAUCGAGGCAGGACCCGAAUUCUAUGAUGCGCCCAGCAACAACUCGUCUGUCAACACGUCCGCUUAUGAUUACGCGCGCAAACUCUCACUUUAUUCGAUUGUGUCGCCCAAGUCGCGCAAAGGCAGCCCAGACUCGCAUCUCUACGAUGAGAUACGCUAUCCGGCAGCUUAUCAGCAACAACAACAACAGCAACACAACUUUAAUACUCAACACAGACAAAGACAUCAUAGCCAACAACAACAACAUCCACAACAUAAUCAUCCACAAUUCUCCAACCAUCAACAACAACAACAGCAGCAACAUCACAUUCACAGCACUAACGCUCUUGACCAAGCGAAUUUGCCGACACACGCGCAUCUGCUUCAGAAACCCAUGCAACACGCACAAAUCUCAGCUUUCAUUGCCCAACAGCCUUUGACCGCCACGACCCUACAACAACAGCAACAUCACAUUGCUCACCUGAUUAUACCACCGCAAAAUGCUAAUUUCCUGCAAGUGCCUUCAGCGUCCGCGACCAAUGUGAACGCCACCAACAACAGCGCCACACGCAAAGAGCAAAACACCGAGCAGAUAUAUGGCGACAUUUACUAUGAGAUCGGCAGCUUUUCUUUACGCUACAAUGAUCUAGGGGAAAGCGGUAAUCGCUGUCUGCGCGAGGUGCCCGCACGCUAUUUCCAAACUGCGCCCGAUGCGCCCAUCAUCGGCAAUGGCUCCACAGUUCACUGGCAACGCAUCGAGGUGUGCUGCGAAGGCUACACACAUUCCCGCUUCGACCGCGAUCAAUGCGUACCGGAUUGUUCGGCUGUCUCACCGAAUAACUGUCGUAACGGUUUCUGCCGUGCGCCCAACCAAUGUGAAUGCUUUGCGGAGUUCGUGCGCAACCAACGCGGCGAAUGUGUGCACACCUGCCCGAUUGCCUGCGAAUACGGACGUUGCUUCUUAAAUGGCACCUGCCAGUGUGAUCCUGGUUACACAUUGGAUUUGGAGACGAGGAAGUACUGUCGCCCCAAGUGUCCGCAAAAGUGUGGCACACAUCAGGAAUGCAUUGCGCCGGGUAGAUGCGCCUGUGCGGAGGGCUACAAAAUGACGCCGGAUUUGGGCUGCCAACCGGUUUGUAUACCCGAUUGUGGGCAUGGCAAAUGUGUGGGUCCGAAUAAGUGCGAGUGCUUUCAAGGUUACCAUAAGCGUCCCUUGCGAAAUGUGUGCGAAGCAGAUUGCUAUAUAAGCUGCGAAAAUGGUUUCUGUGAGUCACGCAAUAAUUGCCAGUGCCGGGAUGGUUACAAAUAUGAUGUGGACACCACCAGUUGUUUGCCGGAUUGUGGUGACAGUUGCCGGGAUGGUGUUUGCAUUGGACCUGGGCACUUCCGUGUAGCAAAUACCAGACGCCAUUUGAGAGCGUGUCUUGUUGACGAACUCCGCGGCCGCAUCUACAAAUUGCGGCACGCGUUGCCUAGCACUGCCGCUACUGCUAAAACUACCGCCGCUGCUGUAACUACCGCCAGCGCCAUAGUAGUGGUAUUCCUCACCAGCGGCCAGGUGAUUGCCAUCAGCCAAAUGCGCCUUACCAUUGCCAUCGACAGCAUAGCCAUUCACAACGCUAGCAUUGCCACUCACCACGGCUGCAUUGCCACCCUGAUAGGUGUCCGCUGCGGUGAAGGUGCGGUUGUACUGCGCCGUGUAGUUGUGUUCAUUGUACAGCAAGUUGGCGGAGUUCGGUGCGGCAGGAUAGUGCGUUUUAAUGCCGGCAGGAUAGUGGGUUUUGAUCUGCGCAUGCGCGCCUACUGUCAGCAGCAGCAGCGCGCUUACAAGUAUGGCAAGCGAAUGCAUUUCUGGAAAAAUAAAAAAGUGAUCGAACGUGUCACAUCAGUUACAUAUACGUUUCAUAUAUUUUACGCCAUCAUGACAACAGUUUUCUCUAGUAAACAAUUCAGUUUGUGCUUCUUGGUGUUGUUGUGUCUACACUUUGUUGUAAUUGUCGGCAAUGCUGAAAGCCAGCAUCAUCAUCGUCAGCAACGUCAGCCUUACGGCGGUUACACUGUUGACUCCCGUGAUGCGGACGAUGCAUCAAAUGAUGUGUCGCCGUAUCAGCGCUCUUCCUAUCGCGGUAGAGAUACUGCACGCAAACAGUUCAAUGAGAAUGAUGUAAAUUAUCAGUAUGGUAAUCGGCAGUUGGCAACACCGGGUGCAGAGCAGCUGUCGCGCCGUCAACUGCGGAAACAACAACAGCGUCUAGAGAAGCAGACGAGAAGUCAGGUGCCACCCAUUGAAAUGACAUCGGAGAAAAACAAGUGCCAUAUUUGGGUACCCGUGGAGCUGAUCAACAAAUAUCCGCAUGCGCAACGCAUUCAAUUGGAUCAACGCAAUCAACAGCAAAAACUUCUAGUCUGCUGCGCUGGCUAUGCGCCAUUACGUUGGCGCGGCAACACACUCUGCCAGCCGCUGUGUGAGAAUUGUCGCAACGGACGCUGUAUUGCGCCCAAUGUAUGCGAAUGCUUCGACAAUUUCGUCGCCAACGAUAAUGGCGAUUGUGUGUUCGCCUGUCCGUUGGGUUGUCUGAACGGACGCUGCUUUCUUGAUGGCACCUGCCAGUGUGACGCCGGCUUUAAGUUGGAUGAGACGCGCAAAUUUUGUCGACCCAUUUGCAGCAACGGCUGUGGCAUGAAUCCGCGUCACAAUUGCACCGAACCCGAGGUGUGUGGCUGUGCGAAGGGUUACCAACUAACAAAUGAUGGCUGUGUGGCAGCAUGCGAUCCGGAUUGCGGUGAGGGUGGCGAGUGCCGUGAGCCGAACCUAUGCUACUGUACACCGGGCUAUGAACUCAAGGAUGGUGUGUGCCAGCGCGAAUGUUAUCAGAAAUGCGACAAUGGCAUUUGCUAUAGCAACAAUCGCUGCAUCUGCAAUCCCGGGUUUACAUAUCAUGAACGCUCGACACAAUGUGUGCCCAAUUAGUUUUAGUAACAUGCUAGCAUAUUUCCUUAGUUUUGUGGGUAUAGGUAUGAUAAACUUAGUUGUCUUGUGAUAGUAAUUAUAAACACGUUAAAAUUAUUAUAAUAAAUAUAAAAUAUUAAUCCUAA